AUGGCUACAUUAGCUGAAGGAAUUCCCACCCUGACAGGCAGCUGCCUUUGCGGCUCAAUAAAAUACCAGGUCACUUUCCCUGAAGAAUCCCAAUGGCCGCCGCCUUCUUCAGCAUGCCAGUGUAAAAUGUGCCGCAAAUUUACCGCGUCUCUCAUCGCACAAUUCCUUGCCAUCAAAAUAGCCAUGCUCACGCCAGAAUUCAGUACAUUUGACACGUUCCGCGAGUACGAAUCGUCUGUUGGAGUCUUUCGAGGAUUUUGUAUAGCGUGCGGGUCCUCACUCAGUUGGAGAAGUCUUUCUUUCCCUGAUGUUGUUGACAUCUUUAUCGGUACUUUGGAUGAGAAAUGGCUCACAGAAAAUGCAUACGGGACUGCGAAGAUCUUGGCAACGCCAAAUGGAUUUCAAGCAUGGCUUCGUCAUGCUAUUGCUGAUGUAACGAACCGCUUGGAGGGCGGGGUUAAGUAUCUAGGGGGAGCGACAAUGGAAGAAACACUGUAG